CAGUUUCAACUACAACUUCAACUUCCAUUAGCAGAGUUGGCACUUUCCAUAAUGGAAUUGUAGGGAGGUCCAGCCAUUCAAUUGGUUAUUAGGUCAGCUCGGAUCUGCCAAAUCCAACCAAAAUUCUUACCCACGGACCAGAAUCUGGGUCAGGCUCAAAUCCACAUCGGAUUCGCAACGUCAUGUGUCGUACUGCACGAUUCUUAAUAGUAUCCAGCGGCCAAACACGGAACAACCCCCAAACGCAACCAAAUCCAUCACUCUUCUUCCUCCACUGUAAUGCCGUUUCCGCCGCCGCCGGGAUGGUGGAUCGGAAUCCUCCUCCUCCUACUCCUCUCGCCGCCAGCUCUGGCCGGGGCUACUACUGAUGAGUCAUGUCUCUCCGGCCUCUGGCGGUCCCUGGUGGACCCCAACGGCAGCCUCCGCAACUGGACCAAGGCCAACUUCGCGGCCCCCUGCAACGGCUUCACCUCCUACCUCACCGGCGUCACCUGCAACAGCGGGCGCGUCUACAAGCUCGCUCUCUCAGGCCUCUCCCUCGGCGGCUCCAUCUCUCCUUUCGUCGCCAACUGCUCCAACCUCCAGUCCCUCGAUCUCUCCUCCAACCAGAUCGCCGGAGGCAUCCCCCCGGAGAUCUCCGCCCUACUCAACCUCGCCGUUCUCAACCUUUCCGCUAACCGCCUCGCUGGGACCAUCCCCCCGCAGCUCGCCCUCUGCGCCUACCUCAAUGUCAUCGACCUCCACGCCAACCUCCUCUGCGGGCGGAUCCCCGAUCAGCUCGGCUUCCUCGCCCGCCUCUCCUCCUUCGACGUCUCCUACAACCGCCUCGAAGGUCCCAUCCCCGUGCUGCUCGCCAAUCGCUCCGGCGUAGAAGCGGCGCUGCCACGGUUUAAUGCCAGCUCCUUCAUCGGAAAUCCCAACCUGUACGGGUACCCUCUGCCCCCGACGAGGGAGAGGGGGCUUUCAGUGCUCUCUAUCGUCGGCAUUGGAUUCGGCAGCGGCCUCUUCAGUCUCGCCCUCAGCUUCACAGCCGUUUGCAUCUGGCUUCGGGUCACCGAGCGGGCCGCCAUGAUGGCUGCCGACGAGGGAAAGAUCUCCCAUCUGAUGCCGGAAUAUUGACUAAUUCGCCUUCACUCCCACCAAAUCUACCACGAAUAGCCUCAAAAUCUCAUCUUGGAAACACCAUAUGAUUCUUCCUUCCCAGAGUAAAGCACCCUGUGCAACACUCUUUCAUUUUAGAUCUCCUUCCAUUUUUUAUCUUUCUUAACACAUCCUUUGUGAUUUUCCCCCUGCUUUUGUACCCAAACAAACAAACAAACUUUUGAAGCCUGAUAAUCAAAUGUAUACAUCCAACAUUACAAAUGAUAUAAUUCACUCAGUUCAGCUA